AAUGUACUUUACUAAUAAAAAUUGUUUGUAACGCACGGCAGACAAGACAGGAGAUUCCCGAUCUUUUUGACAGGGAAACUUCUUGUCUUAGACUAAUAUUUUCGUAGACUAGCCGACCAGCAUUUUGCUGUCAUCGAGUAGAUUUCAUUUGAGGGUUGCAUUGAGGCUGCAGCAGGCUUGUCCUGGCCUGGAGGCCGGAGUAAUUCCAUCAAGUGGCAAGAAAGUGGAGCAAAAUGUUCAACGGUGACUUCCGAAGAAAGCCUGAACAAAACUUGGGUGGAUAUGGCCGUAGCAGGCAACGGGACGCACUUUUGGAAAGGGUGCAGGCCGAGAGGGCUAAGAGAGAGGAGCAGAGGAAAAAGCUGGCCGCCGCCAUUGAACUGCAGAGCUUUGUUAGGGGAUGCCUAGUUAGGGAAAGGAGUCGAAGAGCACAGAGGCUGGAGUUUGACGAGCUGGUCAAAAAGAGGCCGGACGAUCUAGACAAGUUGGUCAGACAGUUGUUGUUCUUUUACAAACACGCUGAAGAUUCUCAGAGAUUUACGUGGUUGUGCAAGGAAUUGCUGAAGCAUCAGCCUAGCAUACUGUCGUUGUGCGAAUCUUCGAAUGAAUGGAAGUGGCGGUUGCGAAGGUUGCUCAGGGUAGCCCUGGUACAGAUGACGGAGAAAGAGUGCAAUAUCACCAUUCCUCUAAGGCUACUAGAGGUCUUCAUCAACAAACUCUCAGGCCAGCACACCUUCUUGUACUUGACCAAAAGAGGAUAUUUCAAGCAAUUGAGGCAUUUGUUUGAAUGCCGGGUACCACCAAUGAUGGAAGGCAGUCCGAUUGCGCCCAUCUCUCUCUGCCUCCUCGACCUCUUAAAAGCGCCGAUUUUCCUCCAGGAGAGAGAUCGUCAAUAUAGCGACUGCAUUUUAUCGCACUUGGCCAAGGAGUUCCUGGUCGCACCCUUGACAGAUCCGAUGCGACUGUUCAUCCUUCCGAAAUUGGCCCCUGGCUUUCCGCUCUACGAGUUUUCCAGAGUGCUGCAAAGCUUGCCGUCUUCUCUCACGCUUUUGUAUUCUCUGUUGAAACUGGAAGAUGUGCAUUCUCAGCCUUCCAGCAGCGAAGACGUACUCAGCCACUUGGUCGCACUUGGGCACCUGACGGAUCAACUCCAACCUGUGUCUGAAGAUGACGACGAAGAACCCAAAAAAUCUUCCUGGCUGGCCAACGAGUGCCUGGCGUUGUUAAAUGAAGACUGGAGAGUGAACCGACUGUUAGCGUCGAUGGAAGUGGAAGAUUCCAGCGGCGAGCUGCAAAAGUCAAUUUGCACUCUUUGCCACCACCUUCUUCUGGCUCACAAACAAGCAGUAAAUAAUUAUAGGAUUCUAUACACCCUGGCGUUCAGACCGGCGUUCCUCCGUAAUGUGUGGUUGACUUUGACCAAUACGUACAGGGCGUCGGACUACCAAAGUCAAGCCCUCCUGCUGCGAGUUCUGGCCAGGGGGCUGGAGCUAUCCAGCGCAGAAAUCUGCGCUCUUGUGCCACCUCUUGCUGUGUUUUGUUCGCUCUUCUCCCUUUUACUCCUCACGCUGCAUGAUUCAGAAUUCUGGGGCGAAAGUCAAGGCGGCAAUUCGAUGCCAUUCACUGUGCCAGAACUGAUCCCGUUAAGCACAGAGAUGAAGGGCGUGUGCCUCGGCCUGAUCAGACUCGCUUUUCCCGAGUCGAGAAUGCAGGUCCGCGCCGAGUACUUAAAUGUGGUGCGGCCAAAUCAUCAGAGCAAAUCAACCAACACCAGCAUCUGGCGGCAUUUGUUCAACGUGUCGGUCGACCUGCUGCGGGCCCUUCACGCUAGGGACACGAGAAGAAGCUUCUGUCCUGAUGACCACUGGAUCGCGGCAGGAGUCAUCGUGCCCGGCCUUGGCCUCAGCAAACUCAACAUGAGACAUAGCUACAAACCCUUCAAGCGAUUGCUCACUUUUGACCCGUUGAAUUUGGAUCAAGGCCCACCUUUGUCGACCAGUGAAAUCAGACAGAUGGCCAUUCUGCAAGAGAUGCCUUUUGUGGUUGCUUUCCAACAGCGAGUGCUCCUUUUCCAGACGCUAGUUCUGCAGGAGAAGGAUGAGCACCAGGCCACGGCCGCCUUCCUCAGCGGCCCUCAAAUACAGAUCGUAGUGCGCAGAAAUUACCUGUAUGAAGACGCGUUUGAGAAACUUUCUCCAGAAAACGAGCCUGAAAUCCGGAGCAAAAUGAGGGUGCAGUUGGUGAACACAGCUGGACUCGACGAAGCAGGCGUCGACGGUGGUGGUGUUUUUCGUGAAUUCCUCUCGGAGCUUUUGAAAACGGCGUUUGAUCCAAAUAGAGGUUUCUUCCGCAUGACGGCCGACAACCAGCUUUACCCGAAUCCAAGUGUUCACAUGCUGAUUGACAACUUCCAGCAGCACUACUUUUUUAUUGGUCGAAUGCUUGGCAAGGCGCUCUUUGAGAACCUCCUGGUUGAGCUGCCCAUGGCUGAGUUCUUCCUCUCAAAGCUGGUUGGUGGCACCAAGUCGGACGUUAGCGUGCAUCAGCUCGCGUCGCUCGAUCCUGUAAUGUACAAGAACCUGAUUUACCUCAAGGGGUAUGACAACGAAGAGGACGUGACUGACCUCAACCUGGACUUCACUGUCGUCAACAACGAGCUUGGCGAGUCCAAAGUGGAGGAGCUAAAGCCAGGGGGUUCUACUAUUGGGGUCACUCUUGCAAACAGGAUUGAGUACAUCCACCUCAUCGCCGACUACAAGCUAAACAAGCAGAUCAGGGCACAAUGCAAUGCCUUCAAGCAGGGGUUAGCUGAUGUGAUCCCACUUGAGUGGCUGCAAAUGUUCGACUACAAAGAGUUCCAAGUGCUCAUCUCAGGUGCGCAGAUUCCCGUUAACAUAAACGAUUUGCGAGCUCACACCCAGUACACAGGUGGCUACUCGCAAGACCAUCCGACUAUUGGCUCAUUUUGGCGGGCGGUCGAAACGUUCAACGACCUUCAAAGGCGUCAGUUGCUGAAAUUCGUGACCAGCUGCUCACGGCCUCCGCUUCUGGGGUUCAAGGAGUUAUAUCCUCCGUUCUGCAUUCAAAUGGCUGGUACGGAGGAGCGCCUGCCGUCAGCCAGCACGUGCAUGAAUCUAUUGAAGUUGCCGCAAUUCAAGGAUGAAGACACGCUCAAGGCGAAGCUACUCUAUGCAAUCCAGGCUGGAGCUGGCUUCGAACUGAGCUAAUUAACAAGUCAAUGUGAUACUCGCCACGAUUAAACGCCUAAUGAGAAGUCA